AUGCUGCGCCAUUCAAUACCACAAUUCGACUCCUAUCAAAUAUGUGCCAGUCUUUUCACUGAUGUGGAAAACACUCGAGAACUACGUACUGAAGUAGCCUCGAUGCCCUUUGCCAUGAUUGAUGCAUCCUGCAUUGGUUCAUUGGAACAGUUAUUUUGCGCUGUUUAUAAGGCUAUACUAGAGUCCACCUAUAAUAGGUUGAGGACCAAAAAUCUGAAUUCCGAAUGCAUUUUGUCACUGUCGCCCACUUCCAACAUUGGGGAAGCGUUCAAAAGAUUCGGCAUCAAGGAAGAUUCGAAGGACAUAUUGUGUUUGACAGUCGUUAAUAAUACAGAAAGUAUUCCAGACACACUCUUUGACGACGUGAAAGGUCAGCAGAUUGAAUUGUCGGAUGAAAACUUGGAAUCUAGGAUCAAUCUAGAUUUAAUAAAAAAGGUUCGUUAG